AUCAUCGCCCGCAGCGUGCCCGCCGCCAUCCUCUAUGAGGACGACAAGUGCCUGGCGUUCCGCGAUGUGGCUCCCCAAGCCCCCGUCCACUUCCUGGUGAUCCCCAAGCGCCCCAUCCCCCGGAUCAGCCGCGUGGGUCCCCAGGACGCCGAGCUCCUGGGCCACUUGCUGGUGGUGGCGGCACGGACGGCGCAGGCAGAGGGGCUGGCUGAUGGCUGCCUGCCGUGCCACAAACUUGGCUCACAUCAACACAGCACAAAAAAGCAACCCAAAAGACUACAACUACAAACCAAACUAAAGCAAAAACUUCCUCACGUUAUGUGAGAGCUGACUUGUAGCUUUCUGAAAGAAAGCUUGAGGAAACCAGCCUGAGAAAGAGAUCAGGGAUGUGGGGUGAGCAGAGGCCCUCUGAGCCAAGGAAAAUCUCAAACACUCGCAGGCAGCAAAUCUACAGUCACGGGGUGGAUCGUGUGGAGUUUGGGGCUGAUAAGGCUGCCUGGAUAGCACAGGGGGGGCUGGAGGAGGGAGCCCUGAGGAGACAGGAGGGCUCUGCUCUGGUGCAUCUGGUUAACAUUUAGGGGUCGUCUGUCCAGUGAAUGACCUUUGCCUCAUUAUUCAGGAAAUGCAUAUCAAAGUUGACAUCUUUGAAUAUGUUAAUUAAUAUUAACUAUAUCAUGCUAAUGACAUCAUCCCAUGAAGCACUUUACCCCUCCCCAUACAAGGGAUAGCAGGUAUGUGGGUUGACCUGGGGGAUGGACCCAAAGUGUGUAUAAAUUGAGGGGGAAAAGGAGUGAAAGACAGAAAGAAAAAAGAAGUAGAGAGGACGCAUACAUCCCUGAUGAACUCGAACCAACAGAGGAACGUGGACCAUUGAUCUCUGUUUCUUUACCCCUCUUUCAUUUUUCCCCUUUUCCCUCACUACCGUUAAGUUAAUGCAAGGCAUACUGUAUUGCUUGCCAUAAGUUGUUAUAUACUUAGCCAAUUACUGUAUAUCCAAUUACUACAUUGUGGAAAGUUAAUAAAUGUCUGGACUUACCUCACUGUUGUCCAUUCUGUUGGGGAUUUACAAAUCUUAAGUCACUUGUGUCCCUUUUUUGAGCAGGACAUGACACAUUAAAAUAAAAAUAACAACAUCACAGUAUGGAAACACAGUCCACACAACCCACCUGUUGUUCCUUCAUUGUUCCUUCACCACAGUUACAACAGAAGAUUCC